CCAAUUGGUAAAAAACGGUUCAAGCUGAAAUCGAAACUCGAACCGGACUGUGAUGGUGGUUUCCGAUGGCGGCGAGCGAGUGAAGCUCAACGUUGGCGGCGAAAUCUUUGAAACCAACGCGUCAACUAUUCAGUCAUCUUGCCCAGACUCUCUUCUUGCGGCUCUAUCGACUCCGACCUCCCAUGGCUCGAAUCCGGUUUUCAUCGAUCGUGACCCGGAGAUUUUCGCCGUCAUGCUCAAUCUCCUCCGCACUGGUCGACUUCCAGCUAAUUCCUCCGGCGUUUUCUCCAAGCAAGAGCUACUCGAUGAGGCUCUGUAUUACGGCGUCGAAUCACUCCUCAGAUUGGCGAUGUUACCGCCGCCGCUGCUAGGUUUCGAUGCGUCUCUAGUCUCCACAAUCGUACCGGCUGCUGAUGGAGUUCCGUCUGCUUUAACCGCCACUGCUGGAGACGCCUCUCUGUGGAUCGCUCACGGCGGUCAGAUAUCCGUUUACGAUUGGAGUCUUUCUCAUGCUGGAACCGUCCGUACGCAUCUCAAUGAUAUCAAAUCGAUUUGCCGUGUGUGGGGCGAAGCGGCUGCAAUCGGAUCUGGAUCCGCGUCGGGGCUUCACUUCUACGAUCUCUCUGGAGGUCGAUACGUCGGAUCUACGCAUUGGACGGAUCCGGAAGAUCCGAGGAUCCAUAAGGCACGCGUGGCCGCGAUUGCCGAUUCAGCCGGUGGAGUAUUCGCAUCCUUUGAUUGCCUGCACCGAGAGAACAGUGUUCUCCAGAUCGACAAAUCCACUCUUCAAGUCGCCGCCGUGAUCGGUCAGCAAUCUGGAAACUCGGCUAAAACCACAGUACCGGAGAAACUCCGGUGGCUGCCAGCGAACGGUCUUUUAGUCGGAUCAGCCGUUCAACGUGGAGUGUUUGGUUGCUCUGGCUACAUCCGGAUUUGGGACCCAAGGUCCAGGAACAUCGUAUGGGAAACGAGUGAGCCAGGAUCGGGACGAAGCACUAGGUUUGGAGACGCCUUAGCUGAUAUGGACGUGGACGUUGAAGACUCGAUCCUCUUCAAGGUAUGUUCCAAGUCAGGAGACCUCGGAAUGGCAGACAUUCGUAAAUUGGGCGAAGAUCCAUGGGUAUAUAUGUCAGACGAGAAUCCCGGGGCGUGGAAGGCCGGUGACGGAGGCGGUUACAGCGUGGUACAUUGUUAUAGAAAGCAAGUGUUGGCCGCGAGAGGUGGUGCAUUAGAGGUAUGGUCAAGUGUUAAGGGGAAGACAAGUGGUGAUCCGAUUCGCAGAAGAAACUUUGUAGACAAGGAAGAUGAUUCCAAGAGAGGGAUGAUUUCGAAAAUUGAAGCAGGAGGUGAUCGGCUCUUUGUUUCUCGGGAAUUUAUGGAAGGUGUUGAGGUCUGGGAAACUUCUAAUUUCUCAGGUGUGAUAUCGGUGGAGUAAUAAUAGAUUCCCGAAGAAGAACGGUGACCAUCCUCUGUUUUCCCGGGAAAAUCUUGAUAGUUUCGCAGGAAAGUAGAAGAUUUUCAAACUUUCCAGGGUCUAGUAGACUAGUGGUACUGAUUGUCUGCCCAGGAAAAUGUUUUGUAACUUGGGAGAACAGCUGAACAGAAUGAAGAACAUCAUCAAGAUUCAAACUUUACCCUUGGUAGUAUAAGGCACUAGAGACCUCUUCUGUUGUAAAUAGAUCCAUAGAUUUUCU